CGAGAGGGCGGCCGGGUCCUAGUGCCCGAUAAAUGCUCGGCACCCAGGACUGAGGCGGGCCGCGCCUGCAGCCCGAAUUAAGAGCGGCCUAGCCGGCGAAGCGGUCCUUGGCUGCUGAUGGCCAGACGCAUCCUGGGAAAGACUUUAGCUACUGUGUCUGUCUCUGUGGCCUUGGCCUCUGUGGGUGUCUGGUUCUUGGGCAGCCGCAGCAUCCCGGCAUACAGGAACUCAUUUUUAUCUAGUUGGUUUCAUGUUAAUUCCAUCACUAUGUCAGAUUCUAAUGAUGCCAAAGAUAAUUCUCACAACAAAGCUCGGACAUCUCCUUACCCAGGAUCAAAAGUUGAACGAACCAAGGUUCCUAAUGAGAAAGUAGGGUGGCUUGUUGAAUGGCGUGAAUAUAACCCUGUGGAGUACACGGCAGUCUCGGUCUUGGCUGGGCCAAGAUGGGCAGAUCCACAGAUCAGUGAAAGGAGCUUUUUUCCCAAGUUUAAUGAAAAGGAUGGACAUGUUGAGAGAAAAAGCCAGAAUGGCCUGUAUGAAAUUGAAAAUGGACGACCUCGAAAUCCUGCAGGACGGACAGGACUAGUUGGUCGAGGUCUUUUGGGGAGAUGGGGCCCAAAUCAUGCUGCAGAUCCUAUCAUAACCAGGUGGAAAAAGGAUAGUAGUGGAAAUAAAAUGAUCCAUCCUAUUUCUGGAAGACACAUACUACAGUUUGUUGCAAUAAAAAGGAAGGACUGUGGUGAAUGGGCAAUCCCUGGGGGCAUGGUGGACCCAGGAGAGAAAAUUAGUGCCACGCUGAAAAGAGAGUUUGGUGAGGAAGCUCUCAAUUCCUUACAGAAAUCCAAUGCUGAAAAGAGAGAAAUAGAGGAACAAUUGCACAAAUUCUUCAGCCAAGAACAUCUAGUGAUAUAUAGGGGAUAUGUUGAUGAUCCUCGAAACACUGAUAAUGCAUGGAUGGAGACAGAAGCAGUAAACUAUCAUGAUGAAACAGGUGAGGUGAUGGAUAAUAUAACUCUAGAAGCUGGAGAUGAUGCUGGAAAAGUGAAAUGGGUGGACAUCAGUGAUAAACUCAAGCUCUAUGCCAGUCACUUACAAUUCAUCAAACUUGUGGCAGAGAAACGGGAAGCACACUGGAGCGAGGACACCGGCCCUGGCUGCCCUAGAUUAUAGCUUGAUGUCUCCACAUACGCUAAAGGCCACUAAAGGAGCAAGUACUGGCAAGGACACCACAGAACUCAUUCUAGAAGAAGGUCAGAGGAGAUCACCUGGGAAUUAUUUUAUUUCUUUUCAAAACAAUUUGCAUUUGGAAGGUUUUUCGCCACAAUAAUAGUAAAUAUGUUUUGACAUAGAACCCAGACUUUCAGCUUUCCAUUCACAAGAAGAGUACAAAUAGUCAUGUAUUUUAUAUAUUCUACAUAAGCAUGACUUAAACCAAAUAAAAUAACUAAUGUUCUUUGGAGAACUGUAAUCAGAAUAAAGAGAAAUUUCUGAUCA